AGAAACAAGACGAGAUACGAAAAAACACAAAUAAGCUAAGUUAUUUCUUUUAAAACGCUCUAAAGAAAAGACUCUUGGCACUUUUCUCCAUCUUGCGUUUCUUUCAAAAUUUCUGUUAUAUAGAUAGAAAUUACAAUACAGUACUAUAACCAGUUACAUAACCAACGCAGAGUCCUAUAUUGGAAGCAAAUACAAUCUAUGAGAAUAACAUCAUCCUCCAGCACAACUUCGAUACGCCCAUGAACUUCAGCGGAGAAAAUGUUACGCCAGAACCGUCUGAUCCGGAUAAAAGGGCUAAGCGUGUAAAACCUAUCCAAGAAAUGCCUCGCAAUCUCGACCCAUUUUCAUAUUCUUUAAAUGACAACGAAACCGAUAAAUUCGAAAAUGACAGCAUACCACAAUCAUCAAAAUUAGUAAAAAAUUUUGGUGGUGCUUCUGCUGCAUCAUCAUCACCUUCACAGUCAUUGGAAUCCAGCAAAGAUACUGUUUCUGAAAUUUUUAAUUUGCAAGAGCUCAAAGAUUGUAUACUGACUCACGGUGAGAGUAUCAUGUUUCAAGAACCUGGUCUCAAGAUUUGGGAGGUAAUUCUGAUAAUUCUUGGUAUUUCAACACGAUUUCACUUAAGUUAUAAGGGUCGACGUGCCUUGCUUGAAGCAACAAAACUGUUUGCUGGCCCACAAUAUGCAGCUUGGAACUAAAGUGACUAUUACUUAUUAAGAAUAUUCUAUCCACCUGAAAGUGUUAUAAAAUACCACUUUUACUGCAAUGUUUGUCGCAAGGAACUAGAGGAGCCAGCAACGAAAAGGAAAUGAAAAAACACGGCACUAUUUGUAAUACAUGUUUGCGUCAGUUUACAUUAUCGAUGAACUCACCGUACUAUUUUCUAUCGAUAGACGUAAAAUAUCAAAUUAUUUCCUUAUUGAAAAUGGACAUUGUUAGGGAAGGUUUGUUGAAUAAUUUAAAGAAUGCUAAUCCUACUGACCGCACUGAAGGAAUAAUGAAGGAUGUUUACGGUGGGCUUCUG